AUGGUUAAGGACGAUAAAGAUGUCAUCGCUGAAUUCAAUGAAUACGUCAACAUGACGCCCUCUGAGCUGGAGAAAUGGCUCAAAUCCGAUGAAUCCAGCGAGGCUGGGUGGCGCAAAGAUGGUGGGGAUGGCAAGUCCGUCGGCCAGGAUUCCGGCGAGAAGAUCAUCGAGAUUCUGAAAGCCAACCCUAAGAAGGACCCGGAGAAGUAUACUGAGGAGCAGAUUCAGCACAUGCGGAAGGUUGCUUCAUACUGCAAGCGGCACUUGGCUCAGGAGUCUGGAAGCCUUGAGGAAAAGGAUCCAGAGGACGCCAAGAAGACCAAGUCAUAUAUCAGCCUGAAGAAUUGGGGUCAUGACCCGCUCAAGGCACAGGGCAAAAGCGAGUCUACUGGCAAGAAUGGGAGCAAGUCUGGCUCCAAGAAGAAGGGAGAAGAGGAAGAGGACGACGCACAAGAAGAGCAGGAGGAGAACGGAGAGGAGGAAGAACAAGAUGCUGAGGAAGCUGAGAAGAAAGCCGGCGAUAAGCGGAAGAAAUCUGGUCAGCAGAAUGGAGCGAAUAAGAAGAGAGAGACCCGUCAGGGAGCUGCAUCGAAGAGGAAUGGCGAAGGUGAGGCUGAUCAGAAAGAGGAGGACGAUGAGGGUGGCGAGGAGAAUGGCGAGGAGGAAGAAGAAGAGGAUGGAGACGAUGACUCGGGUGGAAAGAAGUCAUCUAAGAAUGGACCCAAAAAGGGCGAGAAAGUCAGCUGGAAUUGGGGUAGUGGCAACCCCACGGGCAAAGUGCUUGACGUGAAAGAGGAUGAAGCAACCAUCACGACAAAGCGGGGCAAUGAGGUAUCUCGUAAAGGUGACCCCGAGGAUCCGGCUGUCAUCUUGGACACGGGGAAGUCCAAGGCUAUUAAAUCAGCUCAUGAGUUGAACUGA